GCUCCGCCCUGCGAGGCGCGGCCCCGGCAGGGCGCAGGCGCGGCCAUGGCGGCGGAGGAGGCGGCGGCGGUGCGGGAGCAGGCGGAGGCGGUGCGGCGGCUGAAGCAGGACAAGGCCGAGCCCGAGCGGAUCGCGCAGGAGGUGGCGAAGCUGCUGGAGAUGAAGGCGCAGCUCGGGGGAGAUGAGGGGAAGCACAAGUUCGUGCUGAAGACCCCGAAGGGCACGCGGGACUACAGCCCCAAACAAAUGGCCAUUCGUGAGAGAGUUUUCAGUACUAUCAUCAGCUGCUUCAAGCGCCACGGAGCAGAAGUCAUUGAUACACCAGUGUUUGAGCUGAAGGAGACACUAACAGGGAAAUACGGAGAAGACUCGAAGCUCAUCUAUGAUCUGAAAGAUCAAGGAGGAGAGCUGCUGUCCCUGCGCUAUGACCUGACUGUGCCCUUCGCUCGCUACUUGGCAAUGAACAAAAUCACCAACAUCAAGCGCUACCACAUCGCUAAGGUGUACAGGCGGGACAACCCGGCCAUGACCAGGGGCCGCUACAGGGAGUUCUACCAGUGUGAUUUUGACAUCGCUGGCCAGUUUGACCCUAUGAUUCCAGAUGCUGAGUGCCUGAAGAUAGUGCACGAGAUCCUGAGUGACCUGCAGCUUGGGGAUUUUGUCAUUAAGGUCAACGAUCGGCGCAUCCUUGAUGGGAUGUUUGCAGUUUGUGGUGUCCCGGACAGCAAGUUCCGAACAAUCUGCUCCAGUGUUGACAAACUGGAUAAGGUGCCCUGGGAAGAUGUGAAGAAUGAGAUGGUAGGAGAGAAGGAGCUCUCUCCUGAGGCUGCGGAUCGCAUUGGGGAGUACGUCCAGCUUCACGGUGGCCUGGACCUGAUUGAGCAGCUUCUCCAGGACCCGAAGCUGUCCCAGAACAAGCUGGCCAAGGAGGGUCUGGGGGACAUGAAGCUGCUGUUUGAGUACCUGACCCUGUUUGGCAUCACGGGGAAGAUCUCAUUUGACCUGAGCCUGGCGCGAGGCCUGGACUACUACACAGGGGUGAUCUAUGAGGCUGUCCUGCUGCAGCAGCAGAACGACCACGUGGAAGACCCAGUCAGCGUUGGGAGCGUGGCCGGAGGCGGUCGUUACGAUGGUCUGGUGGGGAUGUUUGAUCCCAAGGGACGGAAGGUGCCCUGUGUGGGGGUCAGCAUAGGGAUCGAGCGGAUCUUCUCCAUCCUAGAGCAGAGAGUGGAGGCCUCUGAGGAGAAGAUCAGGACAACAGAAACACAGGUGCUGGUGGCCUCUGCCCAAAAGAAGCUCCUUGAAGAGCGGCUGAAGCUCAUCUCUGAGCUAUGGGAUGCUGGAAUCAAGGCAGAAAUACUGUACAAGAAGAACCCCAAGCUCCUGAAUCAGCUGCAGUACUGCGAGGACACGGGCAUCCCCCUUGUUGCCAUUGUGGGAGAGCAGGAACUCAAGGAUGGAGUUGUUAAGCUGCGGGUCGUGGCGACCCGUGAGGAGGUCAACAUUCGCAGGGAGAACCUCAUUGAGGAGAUCAGGAUGCGAACAAGUCAGCUUUAAAGCCUGCAUGGACCUGUCUACUUGUUCAUUGGAUUCUGGCGGACAGAUUUCCUCCUCUAAAUACCAAGUUGGUCGUCUCCUUCACCAGGCCAGGUGGCAGCAAGUGCAGGGUCAGGGGAGCCUUUGAAAGCUGUAUUUAUUCUUGUUUUGUGUGCUCCCUUUCCCAGCGGGAGGAGAGAGGCUGCACUGACUCCUACAAAAUGCCCUGGCUCUUCAGUAUGUUGCUGGAAAGAUGUUUUGCAAGUGGCUCUGGCACACCAUGGCCUCCUGUCUGCAGUUGUUACCAUGACAUGUGGAGCCCCGCGCUGUCAGCAGACCCCAGGCUCUUGGCUGCAGCUUCUUGUUCCCUUCAUGUUGAAUAAAUGUUCAGUCCAGCGUGUGGCUGCAGGGAGGUGACCUUAUCCCAAGCCAGCUGUUCCAAGAAACAAUAAAUACUCUGCCAAUCCCCUUC